AUGGAGGCAAGGCUAAACAAAACCGGUCAUAUAUGCACAUGUUUGCAAAUUGGUUGUCGCGACCGCCGAUACCAGCCGUCUGCCAAUACCAGUUGGACAGCUAAUCUCAAUGGCCGACAGAGCCGGCUUGUUUGGCUCAACAAACGGGCUCAUUACCAACCCCGUGUGCAUGAUUUGGCAGACCAAAAAGUCACAAAUCUGAAGCCUGUACCGAGAAUCGGCAGGCCGGCCAGUCUCGUUGAGCUUAAGAGUAAAAGUUGA